AUGAUCAAAUCCUUCCGCCGAAGCAAGCGGCUGCUGAACCUGCUGCUGACGACGCUGCCCAAGCACCUGAUUCUGCGGGUCUCGCUGGCGUCCCACGAGGCGGCCGAUUUCGUCAACUCCUCUCCGACAAAGGUGAUCAAGGCCUUGUACGAUUACCGACCCCAGGGUCCCAAGGAGCUCCAAUUCACAAAGGGCGACUUCUUCCACGUUCUCGAGGCGCCGCUGGAGGUUGACCAGCACGGCUGGUACGAGGCGACGAAUCCGAUGACCAACCAGCGGGGCAUGGUGCCGAAACUGUACUUUGAGGUGUUCAAUCGAACGGGCCACGCCAGCCAGGCGGGUCUGACGGGCCUGGUGGGCGCCUCGGGCUUGCCCCAGCUGGUGCAGCCUCCACAACAGCCGUACCAGCUCGGCCAGGGGCUGCUCCACAACAUCCAGCAGCAGACGAUCCAGAACCUCCAGCAAAACGGGCCCCAGCCCAGGGAAAACCGGACCUUGUACGCCGUGACGCUCUACGACUUCCGUGCCGAGCGUGAGGACGAGUUGGACAUUGUGCCCGGCGAGCAUUUGGUGAUUUGCGCUCAUCACGACUACGAGUGGUUCAUUGCCAAACCCAUCAACCGCUUGGGCGGGCCUGGGCUCGUGCCGGCGUCGUACGUCAAGAUCGUCGACAAGUACAACCCGCUGGCGCAGAUGGACGCCGGCGACGACAUGGUUUCGGUGAUUUCUCACUUCAAGAUCCCCACCGUCGAGGAGUGGAAAGAGCUGACCGCCAUCUACCAGGCCAGCACCCACCCUUCGGGAAAAGCGUCCCUGGCGCCCUCGCAGCUCUCGGACUCGAGAUCCUCCUCCUCCUCGGCCUCCACCUACAUCACCGAGGCCUCGGUGGAUCUGUACCACUUGGCGACUCUGGAAGACAACAGCAGGUACCAGUACGUUGUGACGGCACGCACGCUGACGGGCAAAACGAGGCAGUUGUGCCGUUUCUACGAGGAUUUCUACAACAUGCAAGUGAAGAUCCUCGAGCAGUUCCCCCACGAAGCAGGCAAGGUGGAGGGCCACAGAAGAACGAUCCCGGGCUUCCCUGGCCCUGUUAUCCACGUUUCCGACAACAUCUCCUCGUUGCGCCGGGAGCGUUUUGACUACUAUCUCCGGAACUUGAUUGCCAUGCCGGCCAAUGUCUCUCGUUGCGAUGAAGUAUUGGCGCUUUUCGAAGUGCAGAAUAACGGCUUUGACCGUGAGUUCGUCGACCGUGACCGCUCCCUGAAGCCUAUAAAUCAGCAGCUGGGCUACCAGCAGGACAGACUCUCCCAGUACCUGAAUGUGCAGCCCCACCUGAGGAGCAGAAGCUCCAAUACGCCUUCGCUGGAGCUGAACCGAGCUGAAAACCGCACACUGGACCCGCGUGUGCUUGAAACGGAAAAACAGCCCAAGGUGAAGGUGAAGUUUUACUAUGAGGACGACAUUUUCGUGCUUCUCUUGCCCGCAAACCUCAGGCUCCAGGAUUUGAAGUCCAAGCUUGCCAAGAGACUUGGGCUUGAUUCUGGCGAGGCCGAUCCCUCGGGCCUUGUGUUCCUCUUCUUGAAGAACGAGUACGACGACUUUAUGGAUACAAACCAGAUUGCGUCGGAGGUGUUGAGCGAAGAGCAGCGGGCGUUGCUUUUCCAUAAGGAGAUCAGCGAGGACGCCAAGUUCCACGAGGUGCUCUACGACAAGUGCAAGAUUGUCAUUUUAAGAACACGUUCCCAGCUGGCCCAGCCAGAGGAAAAAGCCAAAUCUGAUGAUAAAGCUGAAAAGAUUACAGCAUCCGAAUUGGCCAGGGCGCUUUUAAAACAACACAAGGUCAAACCAUCAGCUCAGCUUUCAGAUGUACACAAAGCCGGCAAGCGUGUUAUGGCGAUUGAGAACCUCAUCACGCCUGAAACGCCCAAAAAGGCUGAAAGUGCUGUCACGCCGGAAAGAAGGAGGUCCAGAAGAAGAUACAAGCGCUACGAUGUGAGUGCCAAAAGAAGAGUCAUCAAUCCCCUGCUGGAGCUGGAGGACGAGACUCCCAUAGAGCUUCCUCUGCAGGUUGUGGAAUUGGAGGAGGGAAGCGAAUCUUUGAGGGAAUUGGAUGCUCAGAUCAUUGGCGAUUUGGAGAAGCAGUUGAAGGAGAGUGGAGACAGCGAGGAUGAGUUUGUGGAGGCUGAGAGUCAGUUUAGGAAGGAGGUUGAGGAUGUCAAGGAGACAGGGGAUGUCAAGGAGACUGCCAAAGAAGGAGAGGUCCAGGAAGUUGAGGUGUCGAAGAUGGAGAUCAUGGAUGUCACUGAGGUUGCAUCCUGGAGCAUGGACCUGGAGGUUGAGGAGGUAGAGUCCAGCAAGAACUCUUCGUUUGAGAAGCCCGGCAGCGUUGAGGAGGUUGUGGCUGUUGAGGAGAAGAAGGAGAAGGAGAAGGAGAAGGAGAAGGAGAAGGAGAAGGAGAAGGCUCCAGAACCCACUAAGAAGCCUGAGACGACCUCUAGUCCUCAGACAAAGCAACCUGAGAAGGCUAGAGCCGCCAAGGAUACGGCUGUCGACAAACCUGAGACACAAGAUCCCCAACAAGCCAAUGAACUGCCCAAGGUCAACAGAUCUCUACUAGAAGAGCGUCUCAAAGCGGCUGCAAAAGCGCCCAAAAACGGUCCCUCCAGCAGCCCUCAAAAGCAGACUGCUGCUGAGCUGCCGAAGGUGAACAAACAACUCCUCAAGGAGCGUCUUGAGAAGAGCUCCAAAGGUUUUGGCAGUCCCGUGGCCCAAAAGGCUCCAUCUGGCAAACUGCCCAAGGUGAAUAAGGCGCUUCUCAAGGAGAGGCUUCAACAAGAGUCCAGCAAAGAAAAGAACGGAACCUUUGGAAGCCCCGAUCAGGCUCAGAAGUCUACUAAACUGCCCAAGGUCAACAGGGAGCUACUCAAGGAGCGCCUUGAAAACAGCAAAAAUGCAAAGUUCGGGAGCUCCGAUGCUAGCAAGGCCAAUUCCAAGGAAUCGCCAGUGGUGAAGAAGACCCUUUUGAACCAGAGACUCAGGAAACUUCGGAAAACCCGCCAACUUCGCCGAGACUCGUCCGGGAAGUGGACCACCAAGGAGGAUUCUGACUCCGAUGUGAUUCUACUAGGUGAGGAAGUCGAUGUCGGAUCGAGCCAGGAAACACCCACUCAAUCCUCGAACGUCAGCAAUGACCCAAUAGACGACGCGUCAGUCUCUGAGUCCGACCAGAUAGAUGACUCUCUCGACGACGACUACAUCGAGAAAAACGAACCCAGUUCAGCCAAGAAACCUAAAAAGGCAAAAAUCUCUAAAGAGGUCGAUGACCAUGCAGCAACAGAGGUCUUUGAAACGCCAGCUCGUGUCUCUAAUAGAUAUCCCAUAGCACCAGCGCUGGCGCCAGGGCGAGUUAUCUUUGGAUCUCCAUUGCUGGCAUCCUCGACGAUUCCACCUGUUAGCGGAACUUCACAUUUGUCCAGCAGGACCUCUGGCGCAGAAAGCCGAGGGACGCUUCCUAGUCUGGUUCGUCAAGCACAGAGUCGACCAGACAGCAGCCCUACGCUUUUUGUUUCUGCGGACUCGUCUUCAUCAAAUCGUCCUUAUACGGCUCCUUCCGUUUCAUCCAGUCCGUACCACAGGGGUCUGAACAGAAACCGGAAGAAGCUUCUUAGUCUGCCUCAGCAUCUGCCGAGCUCAAUUGGUGGUCUGAACAGAAAUCGAAAACGGCUACUUAGCCUGCCACUGCCUGCGUCAUAUAGGCAGAUCCACUCCUCGCAAACCAACUCAAUGGCCUCGUCACAGGGCAAGGAUAAGUUGAUGGUUCCUGAAACGAGUGUGGUGUUGCCUCCUGGAGUGGUAAUGGAAUCUCUGCUUCUGGAUAACGACUUUGCAGUGAGAAGCUCUCAAGAGAUCACGGUUAAAAAGGAGAUCAUGUCUCCGAAACAGCCGUCUUCCUCGCAAAGGCCUGCUGCAAAACCGAUUCCAAAGAAAAUGCCACAAAGACCACCUCCGCAAACGCUUCCCAAGAAAGUGGGAACUCUUCCUACGUCAGUGAAGCCUGCCCUAGCGAAACAGGGACAAAACAAACGCGUCAAGUUGAACCCCAUGUAUCUGAAGCUCACGAGGCCUGAGGCUCAACCACAAACUCCACCUCCCAAAUCGCUAGCGCAGCAAUUGAAGGAGCGGAGAGAGCAGCUAGAGAAAUCAGCCGAGGCCCAGAGUGCAUGA